AUGGCGUUCUUAAAUCGCCGACAAUUAUCCAGCUCGCCAAUGCUAUCCCUCGUGGUCCUCCCAUUCCUCAUAUUCCUCCUCAGCUUCGCUGGGCCAGCUUCUGCCGCCGGAUCGGCCGUUCUGGGCCUUGACAUCGGCACGGAAUAUUUCAAGGCCGCUCUCGUCAAACCCGGCAUUCCGCUCGAGAUCGUCCUCACUAAAGAUUCGAAGCGCAAGGAGUCCGCUGCUGUCGCUUUCAAGCCCACAAGAGAGAGCGAUGCGCUUUUUCCCGAACGAUUCUAUGGUGGUGAUGCGCUCGCCCUCGCGGCUCGGUACCCGGACGACAUUUACAUCAACUUGAAGACUCUUUUGGGCGUUCCGUUCAAUGAUGGCGAUGAGGAGGCAGUCGAGGCAUAUUGGAGCAGGUUCCCCGCGUUGAAAUUGGAGUCCGCCCCCGAUGGCCGCGGCUCUGUUGCUCUCCGCAGUAACCGGUUAGGAGAGGUGCAGAAGAGGGAGGCCUUCUUGGUUGAAGAGAUUUUGGCAAUGCAGUUGAAGCAGAUCAAGGCCAAUGCCGAUACGUUGGCUGGAAAGGGAUCCGAUGUCCGCGAUGUCGUCAUUACCUACCCUGUGUUCUACACCGCGGAGGAGAAGCGCAGCCUCGAGUUGGCGGCUGAGCUGGCGGGUCUGAAGAUCCAGGCUCUUGUCAGUGAUGGAUUGGCUGUCGGUUUGAACUACGCCACCAGCCGUACUUUCCCCAGUGUUUCUGAUGGCGAGAAGCCUGAAUACCACAUCGUGUAUGACAUGGGUGCUGGAUCUACGACCGCGAGUGUUUUGCGAUUCCAGAGCCGCAAGGUUAAGGAUAUUGGCAAAUUCAACAAGACCAUCCAGGAAGUUCAUGUUGUUGGAUCUGGUUGGGACAAGUCACUUGGAGGCGACUCCCUGAACGACCUCAUUGUGAACGACAUGGUCGCCCACUUGGUUGAGGACAAGAAGCUCAAGGAUAAGGUUACUCCAGCUGAAAUCAAGGCACACGGAAAGACUAUGUCCAGACUCUGGAAGGAUUCAGAGAAGCUCCGACAGGUUCUGAGCGCCAACACCGAGGCUUCGACAAGCUUCGAGGGACUGUUCGACGAGAAUGUCAACUUCAAGUACAAGCUGAGCCGUGCCAACUUUGAGAAGAUGGCUGCUGAGUAUGUCGCCCGCAUUGGAGCCCCAGUGGAGCAGGCUUUGACAGCGGCCGGCCUUCAAUUGAGCGAUGUCGAAUCUGUUGUACUUCACGGUGGAGCGAUCCGGACUCCAUUCGUCCAGAAGCAAUUGGAGGACUUCGCUGGCUCUUCUAAGAAGAUCAGAACCAACGUCAACGCUGAUGAGGCGGCUGUGUUUGGUGCUGCCUUCAAGGGAGCUGCUCUGAGCCCCAGUUUCCGUGUUAAGGAUAUUCGCACCGGUGACGCCGCUUCGUACCCCAUCUCCUUGAAGUGGAACUCAGACGGCAAGCAAAGAAAUCAGAAGCUAUUCACCGCCACUUCCCAGGUCGGUCCUGAGAAGCAAGUCACUGUGAAAAACCUGGAGGAUUUCGAAUUCAGCUUCGCCCAGCAUGUUUCCAAGGAUAAAGAACAGCCUAUCCUCAGUGUCCAGACCCAGAACCUUACUGCGUCGGUUGCCAAGCUCAAGGAUAACUUUGGCUGCACCACUGCGAACAUUACCACGAAGUUCACCAUCCGCCUCAGCCCUGUGGACGGUCUUCCUGAGGUUGUGGCUGGUACCGUCAGCUGCGAGGUGGAAUCCGAGAAGAAGGGAAUUGUCGAAGACGUCAAGGGCUUCUUCGGCCUUGGCAAGAAAGACGAGCAGGAGCCCCUCGGCGAAGAUGGCGAACCUCGUGAAUCGAUUACCCUCGAGCCUGAGACGGAGUCCUCCACUGCAUCCUCUGCCAGUUCCAAGACCACCACCACCUCCACCAAGGACGCAAAGAAGGACGCAAAGGCUACUCCUCAGGUCAAGCUUGAAGUUAUCCCGAUCAGCUUGAAGUCUGUCGCGCUUGGAACUCCAGCGCCAUCAGUCGCAGAGCUCAGUCGCAUUAACGGCCGUCUCCUUGCUUUCGAUAAUUCGGACCGUGACCGCAUCCUGCGCGAAGAGGCUCUUAAUGAAUUGGAAUCUUUCAUCUACCGUAGCCGAGACCUCGCCGAGAACGAGGAGUUCAUCAAGGCAGUCAAGCCGGAUCAACUCAUUGUUCUCUCCGAGAGAGUCUCUAAGGCCAGCGACUGGCUGUACGAAGAGGGCGAUAACGCGAAGACUGCCGAUUUCCAGACGAAGCUCAAGGACCUGAAGGCCAUCGUCAACCCUGCACUGAAGCGGAUGAAGGAGAGCUCUUCUCGCCCAGCACGCGUGCAGUUGCUCAAGGACAUGCUCAAGAACGCCGAGUCAAUGAAGGAAUUGAUCAAGAACCAGAUCGACAACGACGAGCAGAUCUACUCCUCUUCCCUCUCGGCCUCAAGCGCUUCCUCCACCUCCACCUCCACCUCCACCUCCACCGAGACCAGCUCAUCGACCCCAGCCCCCGCCGCUUCUGACGAGGGUCUCGAUGAUCUCGAUGAAGACGCAUACUCCGCUUCUUCAUCUUCGACCACAUCUACUAAGAGUACUGCUGCGGCCAAGCCCACAGGCCCCAAGUACUCCCUAUUCACUCCCGCCGACCUCACGGCCAUCACCCAGGCCUACGAGUCCACCAACCCCUGGCUCGAAACCCAGCUCGGUCUGCAGGAGACGCUUACCGAGUCUGAUGACCCGGCUUUGACCGUUUUGGAGGUCGACUCGCGGCUGCGCGAGUUCGAGCGCAUCCUUAACCGCAUGUACGAGAGGAUGACUGCAAAUGCUGGCCAGCAGAAGAAGAGCAGCAGCAGCGGUAAGAAGGGGUCCAAGGAAAAGAAGAAGCCCGAGGCCGAGAAGAGCAAGGGUAAGGGCAAGGACCAGCCCAAGGAAAAGGAGGAUCUUCCCAAAGAUGAGCUGUAA